AUGUCAAGAACAAAGUUGCUACUAAUAUCACCAGGGUAUUCGACCGGUUGUGAAUAUCCCAUUCCAGUGAUAUUACUGAGAUGCUUCGGCGCACCGGGUAUAGCUGUACCAGGCCAUACGAUCCUCUGCUCCACCACAAGCGCUGGAUCAAAUGCCCAAAUUCUUUCCAGUAGUCAACACCAGCCGUAUUAUCUCCGACCCGGUUAUCGCUUCAAAACAAAUUUGCAAGUACAACAGCAAAAUAUAUUGGAUUUAUCGGAUGGCCCCGGAAGACGGUUGCGCAAAAAUGUGACCAAUGUUCGUCGACAUAUCGAUUACAUCUCAAAUGUUCUGAAUCAUUUUGAGGUUUGUUCACUUUUUUUUCGAAGCACCAAAAAUUUGUUCUGA